AUGUCAGAUUCUGUCGAUUCCACCAACUCGUCCAUGAAAAAUAUCGAAUACCAAGGUCUCACCUCGCGCGAGGUCCUGAUAUUCCUCGAGUCUAUGGACAUCAAAACGCCUCCGGGAGACACCACCUUCCGCGACGGAGCUCUCUCAUCGCGUCUUCGGGCGGCCCUCAGAUACGCGCAGUACAUCCAUCGCCUCCCGCCGCUCUAUGACCUCUUGAAGUCCUCCACCGAGUGGAAGAAGCUCUCUGAAAAGACUAGGAAGCUAUGCCGAGCCGCAUAUGUAGAGCCCGCCGAGCGCGGGUUAAACAUCUUCAGCGAGGACGACUACGCGGCCGGCGACCCGAAUGAGAAGCCCAUCUCUCUCGAAUGCGAGCGCGGCCCCACGGUGGACAUCGUCCCCUUGAUGGAGAGCUGUCGCGGCAUGGAAGACAGAGGGCAGAAGCGUCUGGCUUACCUCUAUGUGCGCUUUGCGAUCAGGAGGCUGGCCUUUCUCGUGGAUUGUGGGACGCCCUGGGUGGUGUGGCAUCAGGACGAGGACAAGGAUGUGUUUGUGAACGUUCGGGUCGCAACCAUGCGCGCGAUGCGGGGUGACAUCCCCGCCUUCGUUAUUCUCUAUCGCGCGUAUGGGCCAUCAGACCCUUCGAAGAUACAAGAGGGAAAGGAGUGGGCCCGCAAGCAAGACGCACGGUUUCCCCUCAACUCUCCCAACCCAAAGGAGCGCGGCAAUACCUUCCCACUCAGCAGGAUCACGCUCCAGAUCCUACUAUCCGUCCUCCUGCCGAUGAACGAGCGCCUCCUGCCCGACUCCUUACCCAUCCGCCGCGAGCCGGGCGAGGAAGACUACUUGGUCUCGGUGCUCUUCCCAUGUGGCCCUCUCCUGGACGACACCACCUCAGAGCUGAGCGCUCGCUGGGUGUGCGUCAUGUGUGGAAGCGGAGAGGUGAAGGAGUGCGCGCGGUGUCGCGCGGUGGCGUACUGCAGUACCAGUGAGCAUCCACCCCGUCUCGCCUCCCUGGUUCUCAUCCCUCGCCCCCUCCUCCGCCGUGCAGAGUGCCAGUACGCGCACUGGAAGACGCACCGUCCCGGCUGCGUCCCGCGCCCGUCCAAGGGUCACUGGGCCGUCCUCCGCGCGCGCGAGGACUGGAUCUGGACGCGACCCGAGCUCAUUGGCCUGCCGGCUGAUGCGGACAAGACUGCGGGCCUGCGCAGGCUGGCCGGCGAGCGCUUCCUGCCCAAGUACGAUGGGCAGGUCCCUCGAAACGUGUGGGGCGUGAAGCCGUUCGUCGUCCGGAUCGCGAUCCCGGACGGCGACAGGAAGCCGUGGCGGAUGUUCGUGGGCGACCGGCGGCGGUCGUUCGAGUUCUGCUUUGCGCAGUGGCACGACGAGGCGCUCUUCGCGCAGCUCGUCGGGGAGAUGCGCGGGCCUCGCGGCGGGCACGGCGGGAAGGUGGUGUACCGGUGGGCAAAGCGGGCGAGGGAGAUGUCGUAUCUGCUCUGUGUGGACCAUGUCCCGGCGGCGGAGCUCAACUGGUGCGACGGGAACUGCGUUUGCAUUCUCAACGCGGACGUGGAUUGA